UUAGGAAGUGACGUUGCUUAGUUACCGUGGGUAGAGAUGUGUUCAGUUCGCCAGUAGCCAGUUCGCUAACUUCAGGCAAUUCUACCAGAGAAUGUCUAAUAAGGAAUUCUACUGUUUGUGCUACUCAUGAAAAUAAUGCUAUUUUUUCUUUCUUGGAGAAUAACACUUCAAAGAAUUUCUAGUUCAAGUGGCACAGCUCGUAUACUCAAACACUCGAGCAGUUAAACAUCAUGGUAUCAUGGCGUCACAUAUCUGAAACGUGAAUGACAGGAAUACUUUAAAUAAUGUACAGCCCGAAAGAGCUAGAGGGGGAGGUUGACCAUUCCUUUUUUGACAGUGACGGUGAAGGUCAAAAUCCGAACCAUGGGAACUCAGAGAGCAUACCGCAAAGUCCGGUGCCUCAUGGUGGCAGGUCCUCCAAUGAACUUUCAAUUAAUGAUAAAAGGGAUGACAAUAACUCUCAGGUAGAGGAUGCGUCCAUUGACCUGAAGGAGAUCAGAAAGGCUGGAUCAGAAGAGGAGGACUGGAAUGGAGUGGAGAAAAGUGCUGUUUCUGACUCACGAAAUGAAGAGAAGGAUGGUACAACAAAAACAGACCCGGGCGUUGAGAUAAGGGGUCAUGUGUCCUCAAAAAUUUCCUCUGAACAAAGGGCAGCAGAUAAUAUUUUGGCGCAUGAUGGAUGUGGUGAAACAGCUGAUGAGGUAAAAGGAGGUAGAUCAGUUUUACUGAAAGCUAGUGAUGAACACGAUGGCUCAAACAUUGGAGAAGAGGACAAAAGUCAGGAGCAGAGACAGGGUAGGUCAAUAGCAGACACUGGGAGCCUGUGCUCCAGUGUGUCUUCACUUCAUUCCGGCAAGGAAAGGGACUCAGAAGACGAUAAGCGUCCACGUUCAAGGAGUUCCUCCUGUGGGUCGAGAGUUUCCUCAACAGACGAGAGGGAGCUGGAGGACUUUGAUGACCUUGAUGAUUAUGCUCUCAACGAUUUCGACGUCAACGCCAAUGAGGAUGGAUACCAGCGGAGCGAAGAGUCAGGGGGCAGCGACGAGGAAAGACCCCCAGAACCCCCACCGCCAAGACAUAAGCCCCAGCCAUUGCAGGGCACGCCGAGGAAAUCUAGUGGAAAAUUCCGGAAGCACAGCCCUCGGCCUUCCUCCUCCUCUGAGCUGGAGAGCUCUUGCAGUAGCGACGCAGAGGGCUACGGCUCCUCCUCCUCCGAGCUCUCGCCCCCCAGGAGAGCCCUGGCAGCCCUGGUGACGUCGUCCCCCAGACGGAGGCCCCGGCUGGGCUCAGCGCCCGGCGGAGAGAGGGCCCGCGGCCACGGGAGACCUGCACUGGAGUCAGAGGACACGGUGACUGACGUCACGCCUCUCUCCACCCCUGACAUGAGUCCUGCACAGUCCUUCGACCUACCUGUGUUCGCUGUGAAAGCCGAUGAGCCAGUAGCAACAACAACAACAACAACAGCAGCAGCAGCAGCAGCACCUGCAGGUGCCGGUGAAAAACCAAAGCAGCACAAUGUCACCGUCGACCUGAAUGUGACUGCUGACGACAACUUAAAAAAGGAGGAUUCAGAUCAAGAAGACAUUUUUGCCAUGGAGACGAAGGAGACCAGUUCCCUGAACCAGAGUGUGAGACUGGAAGAUCACGUAGAUAAACCCAGGAGCUCUGACCCAGAAGAGCUGCAUACGCAUGGGCCUCCAUCAGAGCACUCCCAGGUGAGCUCGGCCCGUGAUGAGCGCAGCCUGCUCAGCAUCGGCAGCUCACAGAGCGACUGUCCCAGCAGCCGGCAGCAGCGCCGCAACUUCAGCUUCCGCAACGACGAGGUGUGGCGCAUCGACCGCGAGAACCAGCGGCUGCUGCGGGAGCUGUCACGGCCCUGCCCACGCUCACGCUCUGCCAGCACCAGCGCCGGCUCGGCCCACACUGCGUCCACCUGCGGCCCACGCCGGGCCAGCGGCCCCCCGGCGCCCCCCCGCCUCUACCACAGCGCCAUCAACCGCCAGCGAGAGCAGAAGCGCAUCGAGAGGGAGAACCUGGCCUUCCUGAAGAGACUGGAGUCAGUGAAGCCCAGCAAAGGCAUAACACGGACAGAGCAGUUGGCAGACUAUCAGCGCCAAGCCAGAUACCUGUGCACCCCCCUCCCGACCUCUACCAUCGAGGACUUCCACUCCAAACUAGAGACGUCUGUCUCCAAAAGUUCACAAGGGGGGAGCAGCAGGCCUUACAGUGCAGGCGUGCGCCUGGGCCCCAGGCCUGGCUCUCGCCCUUCCCCUGCCCCCACCAAGCCCAGCCGCAGCACCACCCCUCGGCCUGCCUGGUCCUGAGGGGACAGUGGCCAGCCGCCAAAUGUCCACUGGGUGAAAUGAGUUCACCAUGCCAAACCCUCCUAGACCAUCGCAAGGUCAGGAAGUUACCAGGGUAGAUGUCAGCUUGUGCCACUGGUCUUAAAUGUUGGGAUCACAAUACCAUUCCAUCAGUUUACAAUCCUACUUAGUUCAGUUGAAUUAUUAUUGACUUUCUUGGUUUAAAAUAUGUGUACCGUAAUAUUGCCAUUAACAGAGUAACGCUCAGUUGGUUUGAUGUCCUAUGUUUUUUUCCCGUAGAAUUUACCACAUGUGAGCCUCUGUAGAAAUCUGUAUGGUGAAUCAUCUAGGAAAAUCCAAUCAAACUAGUGCUCUGUAUUUGCAUGUGCACCAAUGCAUUGCUUCAGGUGUCAUAAGCCUUCUAUCUGCAGCUUCGUAAGUGGUACCAAUAUGUCACUCACACAGCCUCUGUAUCUUGGUGUCAAAAGCUAAUCGCCACUCUUUUUGCCCCAUUUUGUACAGAUGUAAUUUGAAAAGACAGAUAUAUAAAUUAAUAUUUAUGUACAUCGUGUUGGUACAUAUGACCAACAAAUCAGUAACCAUGGGUGAAAGUGGAAACAGAUUUUAUAUUGUGCACCUGUGAGUUGUAUUGUUUUUCAUUUUUAUUCAAUAAUAAAGCUUCUUGUUGCUUUA